UGUGCUGACGUGGACCAAUGACGAGUGAGCGCGUCAGGGGUGUUUCUCCCGGCACCCUCCGGCGCGGCGAUGGCGGACAGCGGACUGGGCGAGUGGUACCGCGGCAUCCCCCCGGUCACCCGCUACUGGUUUACAGGCUGCGUAGCGCUGCCGGUGUUGGAACGGCUCAACGUGGUGAGCGGCAGGUCCCUGAUCCUGUGGUCGGAACCCUUUUUCAACAACUUCCAGAUAUGGAGACCCGUGACAGCAUCCCUGUUUUACCCUAUGGGAUUCCAUUAUUUGAUUCAGUUGUACUUCCUGUAUUCAUAUUCCACCAGCUUGGAAAGAGGAUUCUUUGAUGGGAGGACAGCCGACUAUAUAUUUAUGUUGUUUUUCAACUGGAUUUGCACAGUGAUUGUUGCAUUACUCAUUGGAAUGCCUAUACUGUUUAUCCCACUAAUUCUGACGAUGGUUUAUGUAUGGGCACAACUGAACAAAGACCAGAUUGUGACAUUUUGGUUCGGGAUGACAUUUAAGGCUUGUUAUCUACCAUGGGCUCUGCUAAUAUUCAAUUUUAUACUGAGAAAUGCGAUAAUGGAUGAGCUGGUUGGUAUCUUUGUUGGCCACAUGUAUUAUGUUCUUAUGUUUAAAUACCCUCAAGAAUAUGGAGGAAGAACAUUUCUUAAUACACCACAAUUUCUGGUCCGAUGGUUUCCACCAAGGAGAGGUGGUGUAUCUGGUUUUGGAGUCCGGCCAGAUAGUAGAAGACCACAAGCUGAAGAUCAGGGAGCUCGAUGGGGGAGAGGAUAUUUCUGGGGCCAAGGUCAAAGGCUAGGAGACAACUGAACUUUAAAAAAAAAAUGCAGCCCCCAGCAGUAGCAUUUGAAUCACUUUCUGUACAGUGUGUUGCCUGACAGUAUCUUGUAUUCUGAAGUUAAAUCUGAAGGAUUAGAAAUGACAAGGGAUACCUGUAUAAGUACAGCUUCUUUGAGUAAAAAAUAAAAUAUUAAUAUAGAACAGUAUAAAUGUAUACUUGCAGUUUGUAGCUGCCAGGAAUCUAAUUAUUCUUCCAACCUUCUUUCCUACACUAUUCCACAAAUUGACAGGACAUUAAUAAUUGCAAAAAUUGUGCCCUUUGCUAGGUAGACCCUAUAUGAACCAGGUUGGUGGCACAGGCAGGCGGCAGGGGACUUGUCAAAGAGGAUGAAUCGGCAACAGGCAUUUUGUUCUUGUGCUGAUGGGAGAGUGAAAGAAUGUUGCUUUCUCUUGUAGAAAUUUCGAUUAAAUGGUUCCUCGUGUUUCUGUUCAGCACAGAUGGAACACUGAAGUCUUCCAGCUGAGAAAAUCUGUUAAUUUUGUGUAUGCAGUGUUCUUUUGUGCAUUUCUUCAGUACUUUAAAAUGGAUGUCAGAAUUAUCAUCAAACUGUCUAUUCUUGUAUUUGAGAACCAAAAUAGUUUGGUUGAUCCUUCAUCAGUCAGAAUCCACUUCCUUGAGAGCAAGGCAGGAAAACAGCAACUCAAAGUGAUCCUGGUUUGCUGUUCUUGAUCAGGCCUAUUGCUCAUUUUAAUUGGUUGCUGAAUGGAAUCAACUGAGGAAACAGUCGUGAAAUUAGCUUGUUUAUCCUUGGCCCUGUACUUGAUAUUGUGGUGAGGUAAUGCACGUUUACCUCAGGUGAUAUCACAAAUCAACCUCAGUGUGGAUGUUUGUUACUUGGCACCAUGGUUUAAAUUUCUAUUUGAUUUGAAGGUAGUGAUGGCUCCUUGUAUUUUGUCACCAAAAGUGCCAAAAUUUCACAUCAAAGUUUGCAUAGGCUAUUAUAAAUGUGAGGAAAAAGCUGAAGGUGUCGAAUGGAAUAGCACGAGGCCAGAGAUUUCUGAGAACCACCAUUUAUUUGCAUUGUGCAUGAGAGAUUGAGUAUUUCAACGGUGUUGCAAUUGAAUUUAAUACCACCUUUGGUUGAAAAGAACAAAAUUGUUAAAGUCCUUCUGAUCCUUAAUCCACUUAUAAAUUAGCAGUUGUGAACCAGAAGGCUUUCUACCAGCAGGACAUGGAAACGUGAUUAAAUAUUGUCUUGCUAUGUCACAGCUCGUGCAGGAAAUCUCCAACCCACAGUCACUUGGGGCUAAGCUGGGUGUGAGUGUGGGGUUAGUGAAUUAAACACUGAAAAUAAUUUAAUUUGAAAAGCCUAGAAUUAUUUUAUCUACAUUUAUACUUCAAAUACAUUUUGUAAUCCUAGCUGAGGAAAAGUUAUGCUCCCAGAAUAUUUAAGAUGAGGCAACUUUUUUUAUUUUAGUUUUAUUUAGCUUUUCUAUUACAUGUGGAAAAAUUAAUCUUGAUUCAGUAUGAAUUGGGCUUUGUGCUAGUCUGUUUCAUUAAGAGUGAAUGUAAACAUGAAUAAAAUAUAUUGGUGGAUCUCUCACAUGAUGUAUUGAUCCCUUGAGCUCUUUUGUACAAAAGAUUUAUGCUUUUGUAAUUAAAGUACAAACUGACAAUUCUACAUUGAAUAGAAACCUUUCAUCUGUCUUGAUCUUUUAAAGAGAUUAGACAAUAUCCUAUGGUACAGUACUAAGAGCACUCCUGGAGCUUAUGAAGUCCAACACAUUAAAAAUGAGUACUAAUGAAUGAAAGGAGAGGCAGAUCCAAGUUUCCAAGAUUUCUGCAUUUUCAUUCUUACCCUUAAAUUUUUUGGUAUGCUGUCUUCGGGCCUGAAAUAUUAAUUAUCAACAAACAAUUGAACUCAACAGACAGCCUUGUCCCUUUUAUUGAAGUACAGCCAAUCUAUCUUUCCGUUUCCAAUUUAAAAUGGUUACAGGCUAUGAAAAGUUUUUGGAUGUAGAUGGAUGAAAUAAAAGGCAUGUGUCACUGAGACAAUAGUGCCCACUUCACUGUUGGUUACUCUCAGUCCUGCUUUCUUGUACUUAUACAAGUCCAAUCACUGCAAUCUAUAAUUUAUUGUUUGAAACAAAUUUUAAAAAGUCAAAACUGCAGGCAAGACAGCAGCGUUGGUUACCUGGGGGCAUUGAAGUUCAGAGUUCAAUUCUGGCACUACCUUGUAAGCAGGCUCCCCAUGGAAUGUGUGGAGUUUCCCUGGGUUCUCCCACAGUCCAAAGAUACAUCGGGUAAGUUACCUGGUCACAACUGGUGUUGGUCUAUUAUGUUAGAUGAUCCAGAGGCUCUAAAAAUCCUCUGGUCUGGUGUCUUACUGAUGUUAUAGAAUGGAUGAGGUCAAAUUUCCUAAACUAAAUAAGGAAAAAACAUCAUGGUUAUUGGUAGCAAUAAAAAAAAGUGUGCAUCUUAAAAAUAAACUUGAUCAUCUGCCCUUACAAAUCAAGCCAGAAGUGAAAAAUUUGGGUGUUACUGAUUUUGAGGUAAAUUUCAAAUCAUUAGCUAUAUUACUAAGACUGCGCUCUUUCAUUUAAGGAAGAAUUCAGGAGUUCAUUGUCUUAUAACAUCUCAAGAUGCAGAAAAAUUGAUGAAUGCUUGUGUUUUUAGUGGAUUAGAUUAUGGUAAUGGACUCAGCUGAAGACUGCCUAAGAAAGGUAUAAAUCAGCUGCAGCUUGUUCAAAAUGCAGCAGCAAGAAUCUUCACCAAAAUAAAAAAAAUGUGAGCACAUUAC